AUGCUCCGCAUACCUGGCAAAUCUCUCGGUUACCAUGAAGAUAUCUCUCUCACGCCGUGGCAGGCAGUCCUUGCGUCCGUAACAGUCCUGCUGGGCCUAAAGGUCGCGACAAUACUAUAUACUGCCUUCUACAAUGUAUUCCUUCAUCCCUUGCGCCGCUUCCCAGGUCCCGUGACAUGGAUUGCAGCGCCCUGGAUGAAGAGCAUCUCUCACAUUCGCGGCCAACAAGAUCACCAAAUCGUAAAAUUGCACCAGAAACUUGGGCACAUUAUCCGUGUCGGUCCCGACACCCUCAGCUUCACAGAAAUGUCGGCCUGGAGAGACAUCUAUGGUACGGGCCACGCGGAGCUUCCGAAGCACAUCUACAAAGGAAGUGGUAUGGAGGACCGGCCCAACAUCAUCACCGCGCACUCUCGGGAUCAUCAUCGGUUUCGCAAGGCAAUGACGCCAGCCUUGACGCCAGAAGCAAUUACUCACGAAGAAGCACUCAUCAAGGGAUACGUUGACAUGCUCAUCGAGCAUCUCCACAAGUUUGCACAGUCGUCGGAUCCAUACGUCAAUGUAUCCCAGUGGUACACCAUGACAACCUUUGACAUAUUCGGCGACCUUUGCUACGGCGAAUCCUUCAACUCGCUGGCAACUGGAAAGCAACAUCUCUGGCUUAAAAGCAUGAGCAGCAUGAAGGUUCUGGUUCCUCUACUGGUUUUCCCUUACAUUUCUUGGCUGCUAGUCUGGUGGCUUCUUUCGCCGGAACAGCAGCGCUCGCUGAGUGACCACCAGAAACGUUCCUAUGAGUUGACAAUGAAGCGCAUUGCCAAUAGAGACACUCAUCCACGCCACGAUUUCAUGACAUUUAUGCUACGGAAUCGUGGCGAGGACCAAGGAGUAACGGACCACGAAUUGGCCUCAAACUCGGACAUUGUCAUCAGUGCGGGUUCGGAAACCACCUCGACGGCUCUUACGGGCAUAACCUUUUUUCUAUGCAGCAAUCCCGAUGCCAUGGCUCGCUGCGCCAAGGAAGUACGCGAAGCUUUCAACUCAGAUGAUGAAAUCACUUUCAAGGCAACAGCGGAACUGCCCUUCAUGUUGGCAUGCAUUGAGGAGACCUUGCGCAUGUAUCCCCCUGUGCCCACGUCCCUUAUCCGCCGAACGCUUCCUGGCCGACCAACCCUUAUUGCAGGAGAGUUGAUACCCGAGAACACUAUUGUUGGCGUGCACCACCUCGCAACCUAUCGAUCUGAGAGAAACUUUUUCGAUGCAAAGGCCUUUCGGCCAGAGCGCUGGCUUGCUGAAACACGGAAUGAUCCAAAAUCUCCCUUCAAGGAUGAUAGACUUGACGCUGUCCGUCCAUUCAGCUACGGCCCUCGAAAUUGCAUCGGACGAAACCUCGCCUAUCAUGAGAUGAGGCUGAUCCUUGCAAAACUGCUUUGGCAUUUUGAUCUCAAACUAAAACCUGGUUAUGAAAGUUGGGGAUUCAAGCAGCGCACCUUCCAACUAUGGGAAAAGCCAAAACUGGUGGUUGAGUUCAAGGAACGUCAGUUCCAAGUCUAA